GUAUCAAAUGAAGGCGACCAAUCAAUACAAGCAGACCUGGGAAAUGAUGACGAAAUAAGGACUGUGGUUUAUGACGGAAAAGCAAUCAAAAAAUGGUUCGAAUGUAAAGUAUGCAAUAGACCGUUCAAAUGGUCCAGCGAUCUGCAGAGACAUAAAUUGACGCACGGAAAGGUACGUCCAUUCAAAUGUCACGUGUGCAAUAAAACAUUCAAAGAUUUUCGCACUCUGAAGACACAUCAUUUGACGCACGGAAGCGAACGACCAUUCAAAUGUGCUAUGUGCGAUAAAGCUUUCAAACAGCGCCGCUAUCUGACAAGACAUAUGAAGACACAUAAGGACCGAAACACGUCGGAAUGUAAUGUAUGUAAAAAGAAAUUCAAACAGCGCCGCAAUCUGAAAGAACAUAUGAAGACACAUACGGACAUUAAAAAGAUACUGAAAUGCAACGUAUGCGGUAAAGCAUUCAGAUACUGUUCAAAUUUGCUGAGACACAAAUUGAUGCACAGAAACGUACGACCACUUAAAUGUCAUGUGUGCAGUGAAACAUUCAAAGUAUACAAGAAUCUGAAGGUGCACAUAUUGACGCAUGGAGACGUACGGCCAUUCGAAUGUAAAGUAUGUGGUAAGAAUUUCGCUCAGAAAGGUAAUUUGAAUAGACACAUGAAAAUACAUGGAAGUUCGGGUGAAAAGUUGUGUUCUACAGUAAGCUCCUUAAUGAUAUCGAUAGCAGAUGAUAUCAUUGACACAGAAAUAUUUGUAAAGAAAAUAAUUACAUUCGCAGGACUAUAA